AACUUCUGCGGAUUGCAACGAGUGUGCGAAACAGAAAAGUUAUUUUGUAAUAUUUUAAGGAUUUUAGAUUUAAGACCAGAAGCAUAAAUCCAGCUACGAUGUCAACAACCAAGAAACAAAUAACUGAGCAACAAAGAUUGAAGAAGAUGAGCAAGGAGCAAAUGCAGCUAGCUAUAAUAAAAAAGAAACAGUGCGAUGCGAAGGCUCUUGCGAUAGUUAUGCAACUUCUGGAACCGCAUGUGAAUCCUGACUGGCUCCUGCAGAAUCUGGGAUUUAUGAGUAAGAACCAUAUGGAAGAUGUGAUAGAGGAGAGAGUAAUAGUAAAGCUAUGUGGAUAUGUCCUCUGUUCAAAUCAGCUGACUGUUGUUAUCCGACAACAGUAUCACAUAUCAACACGUAAGAAUAAAGUGUAUGAUGUCAGCAAACGGAGAAACUUCUGCAGUUCGUUGUGUUAUGGGGCAACUAAUUUUCUUCUUGAACAAAUGCUUGAGAGUCCACUCUGGUUGAGAGAGAAAGAGGAUAUACCAGUCUUUCAAAUUUUGCCUCUCAACUCUAAGCCUACGUGUGGAGAGGAAAUCGACGUUGCUGGAAUUAACUUCCCAGAAAAUAAAAAUGUAGACAAUAAUGACGACAGUAAGAAAUCUACAAAACAUACCGAUGGACCAAUCGGUCAGACUGAAAAAGAUACAAGUAAUGUAUCAAGUCUUGAAAAAGAAACUAUAUGCAAUUCCUAUUUAUUGAAGAAUGUAGCCACUGAGGAAGAUGAUGAAUUAAAAGAGACUUCUGUAAAUACUAACAAUGUACAAAGAUCAUUCAACUACAAAAUGCAUUCAUCAGAACUACAUGUGAAUCAAGAAAGCGAAAUUGAUUCUGAAGAAUUUACAAAUUAUGAAAGUAACUAUAAUAUUCAACAAGUAGAUGUAAAUCUAGAAAAUUUAGAAAUAGAAAUUGCUGGUCAAUCUGGAAAUAUUUUACAUUUACAUAAACACAAUAUAGAAAACAAAACUAAUGUAGAUAUAUUUGAUAAUAAAACGUUGCAUCCUCAGAUAGAUGAAGUAAGUAACAAUGAAAAUGACACCAGUGAAAGGUUACAGCUUGAAAUGCCUCAAUCGGUUGAAAUAAGUAACAACGAGAAUGAUGAACAUGAUAAGAGAUUAGAACUUCAGAUAGAUGAAGUAAAUAAUAGUCUUACUGAUAAAAAAAUGAUACAAUCGGAUAAAAUACAUAAGAGUAAUAAUACUGUGAUUUCUUCUGCAUCUAUGUGUAAUGAAUAUAGGAAAAUAGGAGAGACAAGUAGAAUUAAUAAAAAUCAAAGGUACAGACCGAAAAAAACUGAUAAUGCAGGAGUACAAAAUAAUAUUUAUCUCAAAGUUGCAGAACAUGUUGAACAGAGUGUUAAAGAAUGGGUUACGAAAAAUACCCUUUGUCUUUUAAUAGGCGAUGCAGAUGAAAGAAAUCAAUUAUUAGAGCAAUUUACGAAAUAUGACAGGUAUCAACAGUUGUGUAAGAAGUUAAACAAGUUGCAAAUGGAAGAUGAAAAGGAAGAUCAUGAUUUGAAGAAAAACGAGCUCAAACCUUUACCCCACUUCUCUGUACUCCAAGAGGAUGGAAAGAAAAUGGAAUUAAAGGUACGUGCCUUUUAUGAAGGUCAAAUGACAAUUACAUCACCUGAGGAUAGUAACAAACAAUCGGAAAAUAAAGAUAACGUUGAAUCUAUAUUACCAUUAACAGACGCUCACACGCCCAAUGCACUUCGUCGCCGAAUUUUCUUGGACAAUCUUAACAAAAUAUUGCCAGAUUUGAUGCGCGCUUUGACAACCAAUGUUAAUAUUUCUUCACUGGCACAAUGUACUUACAAUAACGAGAAAUACUCAUUAAUCAAAAUUUUGAUAAGUACUUUUAAUUUAUCUGCUACAAACAUUGUCUUUAAAACCGCUGAAUGGACACUCGUGGGACUCAUCAUCAUCAAAAUGUUGAGCUUGAUUGAUACACAAUUGCAAUUGUUACUCCAAUCUAAGCAAGCAUCAAUGUACACGUCUAUGAUUUUGACCACAUAUAAACUAGAUUCCAAUUAUUUAGAUAGAUUUCUAAUGGAAAUAACAAACAAUGUAGAAGCAUCUAAAUCAAACGAUAAACAAUGCUAA